UUUCAACAUAAGGAGACAUGUCUGAAGUCCUUCAUGCAAGCACCAGCACUUUGGGACGGUGCAUGUGCAUCAUCACAGGAGCCUCCAAGGGAUUCGGACGAGCGCUGGCACACCUGGCGUCACUGUAUCUGAAGCCUGGGUCGGUCCUGCUGCUGGUGGCUCGCUCCCGGUCUUUGCUCCAGGAGCUGAAGGAAGAGCUGCAAAGCCUGAAAGAAUGCCAGGGCCUAACAGUUCACUGUGCAGAAGCCGAUCUGAGCAUCAGCGAGGGCGUGAAGGAGACGGUGGACAUAGUGAGACAGCACACAGAGAAUGAUAUAAAUCAUGUACUUCUUGUCAACAACGCUGCUUCUUUGGGUGACAUUUCACCCUUUGAGAGCUUCACUGACCUGGACCAGGUGAACGCCUACCUGUCUCUAAACGUUAGCUACACGCUGGCGCUGACCGCAGGGGUGUUGCAGGCCUUUCCGCCGAGAUCGGGCCUGCGAUGGAGCGUGGUGAACUGCUCAUCGACGUUCGCGCUGCAAGCGCUACCUUCCUGGGUGCUGUAUUGCAGCGCCAAAGCAGCCAGGGAGAUGAUGUUUAGGGUGCUGGCGGCCGAGAAUCCCGGUGUCAAAGUGCUGAGCUACUCACCAGGUCCAAUGGACACAGAGAUGCAGGAGACUAUUCGGAGGUUGACAGGCGUCCAGUACCAUCUGUACCCAUGCAGGGAAUCCGCAACUAAACUGAUGAAGGUUCUUUUGGACAAUGACUUUGUAUCGGGAACACACCUGGAUUUCUUUCAGUUGUGAUCUCAAUAUGAUGUUAAAAUGCAUGCUAACUACAUGUCAAAUGCUACUAAAAGGUACUGUA